AUGGUGGUCAAGAUGCACGAGAACUCAGAGAGAAGUGUGGACUUUGUGCAGGAUGGUUUCCCUUUCUCUGCGGAGGAGGGGCAGGCCACCUGCCGAUGGCGAGAAGGACGGCAUCUAGGGUGGGGCUGGGUGCCUGCCAUCAGCCAGGGGGUCGGCCCCAUGGAGGGGUACCGCUCUGAGGUGAGGACAGAGGACCAGCAGCCUGUUCGGUACCUGGAAGAGGAGAACCGAGGAACUGCGGUGCUUGGGAUAAACAGAGCCGAUGCCAAAAACCCAUUCAGUAAGCUGAUAAAAAUGCUCUCAAAAGCUGUGGAUGCUUUCAAAUCUGAUUCAAAAGUGCGGACGGUAAUAGUCAGGAGUGAAGUCCCAGGAAUAUUCUGUGCUGGUGCUGACCUUAAGAAGAGAGUCCAAGUGAAUCCCAGUGAAGUUGGUCCUUUUGUCUCCAAAAUGAGAGCAGUGAUGAAUGAAAUAGAGGCAGGGGGGUCACAGCCACUGCCAGGCGGUAUCGGGAUGGUCCUCAUCAAAGACUUCAUCUUCUCUGCACGUGUGCUCGAUGCCCAAGAAGCCAAAGCAGUGGGCUUGAUCAGCCACGUUCUAGAACAGAACCAGGCAGGAAUGCUGCCCAGCCCACGCAAGGCCUUGGACCUGGCAGGAAAGUUUUUACCUCAGGGACCUGUUGCAAUAAAAAUAGCAAAAUUAGCAAUUAAUCAAGGGAUGGAGAUUGAUUUAGUAACAGGAUUCGCCAUAGAAGAAGCUUGUUAUGCUCAGACUCUUCCAACAAAAGACAAGCUUGAAGGUCUUCUUGCUUGUAAAGAGAAAAGGUCUCCUUGCUCUAAAGGAGAAUAGA